AUGGAGUAUACCCUGCCUUUAGUUGGCCACAGCCUGGCGAUUUUCAUCGUCUCGGCUGUGACAGUUGGGUUAGCAAUCAUUUGUGUCUCGCUGCGGUGCUUUGUGCGUCUGUACAUUCUGCGUGCGUUUGGGUGGGAUGACGCGCUUGUGGUGACGGCGCUGGCGCUAUUUAUAGCAUUGGGCGUGCUGUGCAUGAUGGGACCGGAAGCUGGGAUUGGUCACACACUCGCGGACUUCGAGUCGUUCAGUCUGAAGAGUGGGAAUCCCAUGGAUAGUCUGCACGCAUUGCAGUAUGCGAUGAUAUACUGGUGGCUUGGACAAAUGCUCUACCUGUGGGCGUCAGCCGUCGCCAAAGUAGCCAUUGCCCUUGCUCUCCUUCGACUGGCCGUUCGCCCACUGCACCGCUUCAUUCUCUGGGCCGUCAUAGGAACCGUGAUAUGUAUUGGCCUCGUCUUCUGGCUUAUUCUGUUGCUCGAUUGUCGGCCAAUCGGGUACUUUUGGGGCCAGAUCAACCCACUCAAUUCGGGCACGUGCUUGCCAACUAAUAUCCUCCUCAUCAUCGCAUACAUCUAUAGUUCGCUUUCCAUUGUCUGUGACUUUACGCUUGGGAUCUUCCCAGCGGCGUUGAUCUGGGGGCUGCACAUGUCGCCGCGCACAAAGGUGGCGUUGGGCGCGAUCCUCGGGCUGGGAGCAGUCACUACGCCGACGCGGACUUCCUCUGUAAGCUUCUCCACGACUCCAUCACAAGCAGGAUUGGCUGACAAUGCAGACUCGACUUACCAAAUCGCCAUCUGGUCCGUCAUGGAAACCGGCCUCGCCAUCAUCGCCGGCAGCCUCAUUACGCUCCGCCCGCUCUUCCGCUGGUUCCUCGAUGGCAGUUCGUCAUACCGCUUGGAUAAGCCACAUUACGUGCGGCAGGAAGACUACGUCGCGGGCGGUUAUGCAUUGUCAAGCUCCAUGCCGAAUAGAUCGAUCACCCAAGACAAUCUGAAGUACUGGAGGCCGGAUCUGUCCGCGGAGAACCCGCGCGCGCACGGGGUUAUCACGUCUGUGUCGACACCGCUGGGGAGGGGCCACUUAACCGGUAGUCAAGAGAGCCUGACGGGAAACCUGCCCGGCAGAGAGGUGCGGCAAAAGCAUCAGGUUAGCGUUCUUCGAACGUUUACGGUGGAGGAUAAGGUGUGA